AUGGGCGAAUACUCGAAAGCACUUUCAUCGUACGAAAGAUCACUUGAAAUCUUCAAAAUAGCUCUCCCUCCGAAUCACCCCGACUUGGCUACUUCUUACAACAACAUCGCUUCAGUGUAUGAUAAGAUGGGCGAGUACUCGAAAGCACUUUCAUCGUACGAAAGAUCACUUGAAAUUCGAAAAAUAGCUCUCCCUCCGAAUCAUCCCGACUUUGCUCAAUUCUACAACAAUAUCGCUGUGGUGUAUUCUCACAUGGGCGAGUACUCGAAAGCACUUUCAUCGCAUGAAAGAUCACUUGAAAUCUUCAAAAUAGCUCUCCCUCCGAAUCAUCCCGACUUGGCCACUUCCUACAACAACAUCGCUUCAGUGUAUGAUAACAUGGGCGAGUACUCGAAAGCACUUUCAUCGUACGAAAGAUCACUUGAAAUCCUCAAAAUAGCUCUACCUCCGAAUCAUCCCGACUUUGCUCAAUUCUACAACAACAUCGGUAUGGUGUAUUCUCACAUGGGCGAGUACUCGAAAGCACUUUCAUCGUACGAAAGAUCACUUGAAAUCCGAAAAAUAGCUCUUCCUCCGAAUCAUCCCAACUUGGCUACUUCCUACAACAACAUCGCUAUGGUGUAUGAUAACAUGGGCGAGUACUCGAAAGCACUUUCAUCGUACGAAAGAUCACUUGAAAUCCAAAAAAUAGCUCUCCCUUCGAAUCAUCCCAACUUGGCUGCUUCCUACAACAACAUCGCUAUGGUGUAUGAUAAGAUGGGCGAAUACUCGAAAGCACUUUCAUCGUACGAAAGGUCACUUGAAAUCCGAAAAACAGCUCUCCCUUCGAAUCAUCCCGACUUGGCUAGUUCCUACAACAACAUCGCUUCAGUGUAUGAUAACAUGGGCGAAUACUCGAAAGCGCUUUCAUCGUACGAAAGAUCACUUGAAAUCUUCAAAAUAGCUCUCCCUCCGAAUCAUCCCGACUUGGCUACUUCUUACAACAACAUCGCUUCAGUGUAUGAUAACAUGGGCGAGUACUCAAAAGCGCUUUCAUCGCUCGAAAGAUCACUUGAAAUCCUCAAAAUAGCUCUCCCUCCGAAUCAUCCCGACUUUGCUCAAUUCUACAACAACAUCGGUAUGGUGUAUUCUCACAUGGGCGAGUACUCGAAAGCACUUUCAUCGUACGAAAGAUCACUUGAAAUCCGAAAAAUAGCUCUCCCUUCGAAUCAUCCCGACUUGGCUACUUCCUACAACAACAUCGCUAUGGUGUAUGAUAACAUGGGCGAAUAUUCGAAAGCACUUUCAUUGUACGAAAGAUCACUUGAAAUCCUCAAAAUAGCUCUCCCUCCGAAUCAUCCCGACUUGGCUAGUUCCUACAACAUCAUCGGUAUGGUGUAUUCUCACAUGGGCGA